AUGGAGUCUAGCUCUGAAUCAGAAUCCAGCGUUUCACCUAAAAAUAAUAGUGGUUCCUGUCUGGCAAUACCCAUCUUCAACAAGGCUUUAUCAACUAAAUUUAGCCAAAGAAGACGACACAAUCUGAGAGGAAGUAAUGGAUUAGAUCCAAAUUAUGUAAACCCAAAAGCUCAAGGUCACUCUAAUCGAAGCAAAGGAAAUUCACAAAUUUUCAAAAUCAAAUCCACUCAAUCUAUCCCUAGAUUUUCACUCAACUCUUUGAAGCGGAGUGAUAGUAUCAAGAAAUAUCAUCUUGCAGUUGAUAAAAGGUCAAAAUUUAGGAAAUCUGCAGGGAAACAGAAAUCUCUCUUAUCCCCUAACAGAUGCAGAACAGAUCAAAAUUCUUGCUCUAAUAAAUAAAACUUCCAACAAGAAGCGCCAGCGCCAAGCUGAUGAGGUAUUUUACAGUGGGAAGGAUUCCCUACAGCUCCAUCUUGAAUUUGAUGAAUCUGAGGAUACUUCAGGCUGGAAAUAAAAUUAGUGACUUUAUCCUGCACAAAGGACAAAGGCAUUUCAAAUAAAUCAGUCAAAAAGUUGAACCAAAUCAAAAUUAAUCAAGCGAAAGCCUUUAUUAUGGAUAAGAUGAUUAGACCUAAGGCUACUGUCCAAAGUGUCAAAAGUAUCUCUACUAUCCAGAGUGUUAGUAGCAGGAAAAGUUUAGAAUCUUUCCUCAGUAGUCGGAAGUUCAAAAAACUUAAAAUUAGCAGGUAUAGGAUGACAUCUAAGAACAUUAAGAAUCAAGCAAACAGCUUUUGUAUACCUAAAUUAGUAAUAACCACAGAGUCUAAUAGCAAGAUUGAGUUGGAGCAAAAAUCUCCCCUUGGGCUGAGCCAUUUUUCCAAGGCAAAGGUGAAGCCAGCAAAGUUACUUUUCAGGAGAUUGCAAUCAGACCAAGAGAAGCCUAAAAAAAUUAAAAGGAAGCUUACUCGACCGAAAAGUGGCCAGCCGACUCUAUAUAAAAGCAGAAAGGCUAUGCUCAAAGCGCCAAGAUUAGAUCAUUUUCAAAUAAAGUUUAAGAAGGUCCUAGUACCUCAAAAAAGUCAUAAGGUGUUCAAAAAUCGGAAGAAUUAUCUCCCAUAAAGAGCAGAGCUAUCCUAAGCAGUUUUCUUAUAAGGUUUUUGCAUGAAAUAGCUCCUAACAUAUGCUAAUAUGUUAUAUUUCAACAU